UCACAGGCAAGUCCAAACGCAAGGAUUGUGAACUUGCUGCAGGGAAACUGCAGGGAUUUAGCAAAACCUGCUGGCUGUAACACGGUGAUCGGGGAUGCUGUGCAGAUUCAACCACGUUCGCAGAUGCGCCACCUCUCUGAGCUGUGUGGCCGCCGCCAGGCAGAAGCACACGCUCCCCGAUCUCACCUACGACUACGGGGCCCUGGAGCCGCACAUCAACGCUGAGAUCAUGCAGCUGCACCACAGCAAGCACCACGCCACCUACGUCAACAACCUGAACGCCGCCGAGGAGAAGUACCAGGAGGCACUGGCCAAGGGUGAUGUAACGGCACAGGUUGCACUGCAGCCAGCUCUCAAGUUCAACGGUGGCGGCCACAUCAACCACACCAUUUUCUGGACGAACUUAUCUCCUAAUGGAGGAGGUGAACCACAAGGGGAGCUGAUGGAGGCGAUUAAGCGAGACUUUGGCUCCUUUCAGAAGCUGAAGGAGAAGAUGUCGGCGGCGACCGUGGCUGUGCAGGGCUCUGGCUGGGGGUGGCUGGGGUACGAUAAAGAGAGCGGCCGGCUGAGAAUCGCAGCCUGCAGCAAUCAGGACCCCCUGCAGGGAACCACAGGUCUCAUCCCCCUCCUUGGAAUUGAUGUGUGGGAGCACGCGUACUAUCUCCAGUACAAGAAUGUUAGACCGGACUACGUCAAGGCCAUCUGGAAUGUCGUGAACUGGGAAAAUGUGGCCGAGAGGCUCCAGUCUGCAAAGAAAUAACCCUAAUCAUACAAAUAUAAUGAAUAAUUCUCAUUAGAAUCUACCAGCUCGCCAAGAGACAGAAUACAGAUUCAGAUCACUAUACCAUGUGGUUUUUCAGAAGACACCAGAUUGAAAAGUAAUCUAUAACCCUACUGAAAUGCUGUUCAUCAGGAAUCAGUCAUGUCAGAAUCCACAAGUGUUGAAGGUUUAGUUUUGUUGAUGUAUUUAAUAAAAAAAUGCAAGUUACUUUAUUUGUGUGAGUUGAUCAUACCUAUUUAUCGUUUGUUGUAGAGGCAGGGCGGAACUAUAUUUGUAGCCAGGAUGUUGCAGGUGGGAAUUUUGUGUGUGGCACAGCUGUUGUAGUACAUUGCUGUAGUACAUGUUUACAUGGCACUGGUAUACUGCCUGUUUCCCCCAGUUUUUCACCAAGAACAAUGAGAACCAGCAAGGAAGGUGGCCCCGCAGU